AUGAGUGAUAUCCCAAAUGAUGAAAUCAACAACCAGGAACGAGAAACAAUCCCCCUCUUCACAAGGGAAGACGUUGCUAAGAUUCUCGAAGAAUUUGAAAAACAAAAAGAUGAACAAAGAGAAAUCAGUUACAGAGGAAAGGACCUCCCAGAAAAAAUCAGAGAGAUUUUGGACGAGACACCAACCUCUGAUCUCAAAGACGAUAUCAAACGUUUUAAGAAACGCAUCCCCAAGUAUAAUCACAACGAAUGGACCAGUACUCCACAAAUCAACAGGGAGUUCACCAACGACCUCAAGAGGUGGAAAGUCGACUCCCACCAAGUCGUCACAGCUACUAGUAGGCAUGCAGAUGAAGCACGAGUCCAAGCAAGAACAGCGACGGAGAUCUAUGAACUUUUGGAAUCUAUCCAAGAGAAAUGUAUCUUUGCUGACGAAGGAACAAAGCAAACCUUCAUGGAUGCUAUGUCCCAAGCAGAACGUGCAGCAGUCUUUGGAUCUUCCCAUGCAAGAGACUUGGAUAACGAAGCAAAAGAGCUUAGUGCCAAGGCACUUAGACUACCUGCAAGUCUUAGACAUUUUGAACAAGAAGAGGAUGCUAGAAAACCUCACCAACUUCAAACAUGGAAUACUGAUUUACUCGUCAACUACAUAAGGAAACAUUGGCUUCACAACAACUCUCUACCAAUCGAGACACUCCAACAGAAAACUAUUGCAUUGUUAUGUCCGGCAACUAUGGCACGACCAAGAUCGGAUAUGGGCCGAUUACAACAUAGGGAUGUAAGGUUUCAGUAUGGGGAUGUUCAGCAAUUGGAAAGUGUCACUUUACACUUCCGCGAAGCCAAAGAAACGCAAGUAAAGUCGGUUACCUUGGGUAUUAUCCAAGACAAAUCUAAAUGCCCGGUAGGCACGCUACAGGACUUUAUGACGAAGACGAAGACCUUACGGGAAAAUCUACCAGAAGAACAUACCUUGUUCUUGGCGUAUAUCACCGAUAAUACAAAGUUCAAAGCACAUUCUAUUCGAUCUGCCGCGAGUACCAAGACAGUAGAAAAAGGAAAUGUCAUUCAAGAUAUCAAGAUACAUGCAAACUGGAGUUUAAACACCAACACUUUUGAAAAAUUCUAUUACAAACCAACAGCCGCUGCUUCUACCAGUGCACAGAUCACCAAUUCAAUUUUUUCUACGGAAAACCUUAUCAUAUUAGGAGCUGAAGCGGAGGAAACUGAGAUUAUUGUAGGUACGAUCAAUAAUUUAAGACACGUUCGUAAUAUGGAAAAAUUGCCUGUAUGA